CACGGGGAAUUAAUUAGAAAUCGCUAUUUACGUGGUUAUUCAUUGCCCCGCUCCGGGUAUGUGAACAACCACCCCCCUGCCCCCCCCGCCUCCCCUUCCAUCCACCCCCAGCGCCAUGCCGGCAGCCUGCACCCUGCUGCUGCUGCUGGGCUUGGGGCUGGUCCCGGUCCCACCGGCCGGCUCGCUGCCCCUCGCCUCCCCACGGCGUCUUCCUCCACCUCCCCCUCCUCCUCCUCCGUCCCGAAACCGUCUCGGCCGCCCUUCCUCGCCUCCCGCCGCGGGACACGGCGGCAGCCCGGUCAUUGAAAACAGCCAUCAGGAGAGAAGUUCAAGCACGGAGAUAAGGACCCCUGGUGCCCCCGUGGAGCUGGUGACGAUGCUGGCUGGGAGCAGGGAGUGGCACGGGGCAGUGCCAGCAGCAAGCAGGGGCAAGGGGCACACUGGUCCCCCUGCCAGUGAUGGGGAUGUCACCCUUCCAGGAGCAGGAUCCGCAGAGAACCCUUCUGCUGGGACAGUGACCCACCUGCUCACCCACAGCCAUCCUCCUGACUCUGGAAGCCAUCACCAUGCUGCAGGCAGGCAGAGGAGAGGCAAGAGGGCUCUGGCCUCUCCCAGCACCCCUGCAGCUGCUGAAGGGACAGCACCAGGCUCAGAAACCAUCGGCACUGAUCCGGCUGAGGGGACGCAGGGAGGGCACCAUGGGGCCUGGAAUGUGUCAGGGUUUAACAACACUGUGAGGGCACUGCUGCAAACUUCAUCUUCACAAUCUCAUCACCCAGGCCCUGACAGCCUCUCUCAACCAGUGAGCAGCUGGGUGGGCACAGAGCUGGGCAGCAGCCCUGCCAUGGGCACUGCAGCUGCUUCACCUAGCCCCUUGGGGAACAGCCCCAGCACUGCCCUCCCUGCCUCCCUGGGACAGCCCCAGGUCUCCUCCCAGGGUGUCACUGGGACCUCCACCAGCCCUUUGCUGACAGCAUCACCUCCCAAGGACAGCACUUUCAGAGCCAUUGGAAGCAGCUACCAGCCAUCCAACAACUCAGCUACGGAGAGGUUUGGUUCGGAUUUCCCCACCACCGGCACCUCCAUUCCCACAACAGCCACCAAGGGUGGAGGGAGGACAUUAAGGUCUCUGCCAGCCAGCACCAGGCUGGUCACCAUGGCAGAGAUUUCCACCUCUGGGACUGAAAUCACCAGCUCUUCAGCCCAGAGCCAGACCCCUGGGAUGUCUGUGAGUGCCCAGGGUGAUGCAGGCAGAGGUGUCACAGACCCAUUGCUCACAGGCUUGCCGUCUGCUUCAGAAAGUGCUUCUGCAACUUUAAGCAGCAAUUAUGAACCCCCCAAGAGCAUCCCAGGUGCCGAAGAGGCGCCGCUGCACUUGGACAUCCAGGGUGCAGACAUGUCCAGCAUGGCAGUGGGGACACUGAUGUCCCCAGAGAGUGGCCACACAUCUGGGAUGACAAGGGACUCUGCCACCAGCACCAACCCCACAAGCUCUUUGGGUGGGACCUCCUCUUCCUGGAGAACUGGGACACAUCAUCCCAACAGCUCACAGGAAGCCACCGAUCUCUCGAGCCCUCCUGGGGGUCCUUUGCUCACAAGCUCCCUCUCUGCCUCUGAAGGUCCUUUCCAAGGUGUCAGAAGCAGCCACAGACCAGUGGCUGAGAAAGCCUCCCUCACUUCCUCUGCCACCAACACUCCCAUUUCAGCCACAUCCAGCAGUGGUGGGAGGCCAGCCAGGUCUGCCUCGGGCAGCAGCCGCUGGACAGCAGCCAAGGGCUCCACGUCCAGCAGUGCCAUGCACAGCACCUUGGGCACAACCCAGUCCUUGUCCACAUCUUAUGUGAGAGAGACCUCCAGAGCUCAGGGGUCCACAGGAAUGACAGAUUUCACUGAGGUGGAAGACCCUUCCCUAACACGCUCUCGCCCUCCUUCGGAAGGUCCUUCCCCAGCUACUGGAAGCAGCCAUGUGUCAUUCAGCAUCCUGUCAACAGAGAGAAGAACCAAUUUCCUCACCACCAGCACCUCCGUUUCCACAACAGGCACCAAGGGUGGAGGGAGGACAUUAAGGUCUCUGCCAGCCAGCACCACACUGGCCCAAACAACAGAGAUUUCCACCACUGGUGCUGAAAACAUCACCUCUCCAGGCCAUUCCCAUUUUUUGGGAACCCAGGAUGGUGGUGGCAGAGGUGCCACCCUGAACCCAUGGUUCACAGGCUCUCCGUCGGCUUCAGAAAGCACUUCCCCAGCAGACAAGACCUCAGCAAGGGGAGGACACCUGCCUCUCACCAGCACAGCCAGUGUGGUGACAGCUACCGCCAGCGAGGAGAGCAGCACAGUGCCUGUGUUGGACACCCGUGGAGCUUCCAGUGCCACAGGGAGCUCCUCUCCCUCUCCCCCCUACACCAGUGCCCUGGACACAGUCCUGCUGUCCUCAGCAGCAGCACAGCCUGGGAAGAAGAGUAAUGUUUCACAGAGCAGUACUAGACUCGGGGAGCUUCCAACAAAGCUGCUGCCUGCAUUUUCUCCCAGCAUUUCAGUGCCUUCACCUUCAGCCACACUUUUCAUCCACAAGGAAGGGACAUCCCAAGCCCCAGGUAGCCGCAGCAUGUGGAGCACAAAAGCAGAAAGCCUCACAUCUCAGCCUGACACAGCUGGGGACAUCCACACCGGCCCUGUCCUGUCCUCCACGGCAUGGCCUCGAGUGACACAUGUGUCAUCUGGCCGAACAGGGUCUCCAGAGCCCAAGGGCACCCUUUCAUCCAGGGUCUUCACCUACUUCUCAGCUGCUGCUGAACCUUCCACUCGUGGCAGCAGCCAUCGCUCCCUAAGCAGCUCAAGUGCUGAGAAGAGGAUGUCCAGCCCCGUCACUGAUCCCAUGUACAGCUCAUCCACGUCCACGGGUGCUGAGGAGAGGAUGCUGCACCCAGUGACAGAUGGCACAUUGGCUGGUGUCAUGGAGAGCUCUUCUGUCCAUGCUGAAGCUUCCAGCCCUCCAGGGCCAUCUGAGCCAGCGCUGGUGGAGCAGGGCAGGCCAGCCAACGCCUCCACCAGCAGCGGGGCUUUCACGGGCUUUGCCACGGAGACGGUCUUCGUACGUUCUGCCAAGAUACCCACUUACUCUUCUUUCCAAAAUGAUCUCACAAACCUUUCAGGUAGUGGUCAGCCACUCAGUAGCAUCGAUGCUGAGAAAAGGACCUCGGUUUCUCACACAGACGGCACAUACAUUUCAACCACGUAUACCAGAGGAGGAGAAAGGACCCUGCUGUCUAUCUCCAACAGCAGCACCUCUGCUGAUUCCUCUGAAAGUUCCACCUCUUUUUCUGAAAUUUCCAGCCCUUUUGAUGCUUCACAAUCCUCUGUGGUUCAUGACAGGCAGACCAAUGCAUCAAACAGCAGCAGUUUUGUUGAACCAUCUACGGAGCCGUUGCUGGUGCACCCUUCCAAACCAUCAACAUCUGAUUCUAUGGGCAGCAUAGAAAACACAACUCUGUUCAGCACUGACUCUGAGUUGUUGACCACUGAUGGAUCAUCUCUGUCUUCAUCAGCAUUUCCAGCCUCUUCCUCCCUGUCAACACUGCAGCACUCGCUGUCAUCAACACCACCACCAACUCAUCUGUUUACACUGUCAGAAUCACCUGAGCCACGCUCGCCCUCUGUGAUGGCAUCUUCGCCCCCUCUGCAGCCUUUGUCAUCCUCCUUGCCCACUUCCUCCUUGCCCUCCCCAUCUCACUCAUUAGCAUCUUUAUUGCCUGUGUUUUCAUCACCCUCAUCCAUCUCGCAGUCCAGCGAGAGUGAUCAAGCAAGCACCACUCUGGCUAUGAGUGUGGUCAGGCAGGUGCCCUCCACAGCCACCACAGCCAGGAGCUCACCCAGAGAGACCAACAAGCCCAGUGUCACACACCACCCCCAAAAGAGCACCACUUUCACUCCCACCAGGUCACCUCUCCCUACAGCACCCAUGGAGCUGCUCGGUGGACGCAUCGUGUCUGUGUCCUCUCCCGUGACGAUAAUAGAGACUGCCUUGCCUGGAGAUGCCACCACCCAAAGGGACAGCUUUGGGAAGGCAACACCUCUGCCCACCACAGCCAGUGUUGUUCCACAGGCUGGUCCAACAGACACAUCCCUCAGUCCCUCACCAACUGCGACAAAUCACAGCAGCAUUGUCCCUGCAGUGGCUGUGACCACAGUGAAACCUCCUGUGCUGACAACGCCGGCUGGUCGCCGGCCCACCCCAGAUGAGACCAGCACCGUGAAGGACCACAGGGCCCAGACACCCCCUGCCACCAAGCACAGCUAUACCACUGGUAAAAGCACAGAAGCAGUGGAUCCCACCACUUCAGAGCCUGGUAAAGUCACUGAGGAAAACCUCCAUGUUUUGAGUCCUUCUGAAGCCACUCCAACCACCAAGACCACUUUGAGCAUUGCAACUACUUUGGCUGUUACCAAACCAACCACUGUUCCUCCGUCGAGCAGCACGGCAGGGCUGAGGACGUCACCUCCAGCAACAGAGGUGGAUAAAUGUCUUUCCAACCCCUGUCCUGCGCUGGCCACCUGCAACAACACCCAUGGCUCCUAUAUCUGUCAGUGUCCUCUUGGAUAUGAGCUGGAAAAAGGAAAGUGCAAUUUAGUGAGAGUAUUUAUUGGCCAGGUUCCCCUGAAGCUUAAUAUCACCCAUGGGAAGUACACAGAGCUCUUCCACAUUGAGAGGGAGAUUCUGGAGAUGCUCAAUGCAUCGCUGUCAGGCUUGCCAGGAUACCACCACUCCACAGUUAAGGCAAGCAGGGAGGCAAAUUUUGUGCAUGUUUCAGUGCAAUCCACGUUCUCUUUAGCAUCCAACGUGACUUUCUUCGAUGUUAUCGGCAGUGUGAAAAGCUACAUUCGAGCUUGCAAAUCCCCCACUGAAGCCUGCCAGUUCAUCUCCAGCCUGAAAUCACUCCACAGAGCUGGCAGCUUGUGCAGACAGAAAGACCCUGAAUGUGACAAGGAAACUUCAGAAUGCACCGACUUUGAUGGAAUCGCUCUCUGCCAGUGCAAAAGUGGGUACUUCAAAUACAACAAGAUGGACCACUCCUGCAGAGCCUGUGAAGAUGGAUAUAAGCUGGAAAACGAGACCUGUGUGAGCUGCCCCUUUGGCUUGGGUGGAUUCAACUGUGGAAACCCGUACCAGCUCAUCACGGUGGUGAUUGCAGCUGCAGGAGGGGGACUGCUGCUGCUCAUGGGCAUUGCACUGAUUGUCACCUGCUGCCGGAAGAAUAAAAAUGACAUAAGUAAACUGAUUUUCAAGAGUGGGGAUUUCCAGAUGUCACCUUAUGCUGAAUAUCCGAAGAAUCCCCGGGCACAGGAGUGGGGCAGAGAGACCAUCGAGAUGCAGGAGAAUGGAAGCACCAAGAACCUGUUGCAGAUGACAGAUGUGUAUUAUUCGCCAACUGGACUGAGAAAUCCUGAACUGGAAAGAAACGGACUUUAUCCUCCCUACACUGGUUUGCCUGGAUCUCGACAUUCAUGCAUCUACCCUGGACAAUACAAUCCAUCCUUCAUUAGUGACGAAACCAGAAGAAGAGACUAUUUUUAACAGAGAGUGGAGAGGGAAUGGAAGAUUGACACAGUUGUGUGGCCCUUAAUCCCCAGGUAAAGCUGUCUCCUGGGUAGUUCAGGCCACAUCAAUCUUACUCUUCCCAUUUAAUAGGAAGGACUUUGAACUUCAUGCUGAGCAUUGCUGCCCUGAGGGACGGUCACAGUUGCUGAGCAUCAGAGAGGAGGAGGAAGAGGAGGGAAUGGCUCAAGAAGCACACCACUAAAAGACCCAGAGGGAAGCUAACACAUAUACUCCUUAUUCGUUCUUCACUCUUCGCGCUACGUGGGCAAGCACAGAUCAGUACAGGCAGAUGAACUGUGCCCAGCACUCUGCAUUGAAUACCACUAGGGAGUGUCUUGUUUACAGAUCUUGUUCACUGUUGACUGUGCUUGUCUUCCUCGCCAGCCUUCAUGCAAAGAUUCACUGUGCAGCUGCUUUUGGUUGGGCAAGUUUGUCCACUCCCUUUUAGACCACGACACAUGCUUUGUGCACGACAGGGAAGCUGGCUUGUCUUCUGGCCCUCACCUUCUUACUGCUAAAAGUUCUCCAGAUUCCUGGGUCAUUGUCAAAGCCCAGUGUCUGGCAAUAUUGGCUGAAUUCGUGGGUUGAUUGUCUCCAAGGAGUGCAGGAAGGUUAGUUACACCACUGCAAUUUUAACAGAAAAAAGGCACAGUUGCUCCUCUGUGCUGCUUUGAAAACCUUCUGUAUAUAAGGAAUGUUGUUUUGUCAACCAAUGUUGUUCAGAAGCGAUGCCACUACACAACAUCAUGGUGCUUCCAUAUGGGAUCCUUUGGAGCUCUGUUUCCCUGCAAGAAUUUAAAUGCCUGUAGACACAGCAAUACUAUAUUAAAUAAUUACUCACAGGGAAGAAGAUGAGCUGUGAAUUCAGAAUGCUGUGAAGGAAUCUGUGAAGGAGUAAUUAUUCUGUUGCCUUGGCUGGGCAGAGGAACUUAAAUGUUUUCAAACCUCCACAGUCCACCUUGAAUUUGUAGGAGCUGCGGAGGCUUUCAGUGCAUCGGAAAAGAGGGCUUACUGCAGUCAGUUGCAUUUAAGGAAGAGAAAAACAUGAUGCUUGCAAUCCUAACAUAGCAGAGAUCACUUAUGUUGAAGUGUUUUUCUUUCUUCCGUCCUAGUUUCGAGUGAUUCAGACCAGGCAAGUUUCCUCACCCAGGUGUGUUCAUUUGUAUUAGCAGAAGCUGAAGAAUGUAAGUUAUUGCAUUUCUCACCAAAGAUCAGAUUGAAACUCAUGGGCUGUAUUCUCACCUAAAGCGAGUGUUGAAAGAGAUCUUACUAAUCACAGAACCCUGUUGGGGUUGGCUUGGAAGGGAUCUCACAGAUCAUCUUUUUCCAACUCCUCUGCCAUAAGCAUGGACACUUCCACUAGACCAGGUUGCUUAAAGCCCCAUCCAGCCUGGCUUUGAACACUUGCAGGAUGGGGUAACUUCCCUAGGCACCCUGUUUCAGUGCCUCACCACUCUUGUCAUGGAGAAUUUUUUUCUUAUAACUAAUCUAAAUCUACCUUCUUUGCUU